CGUUUCCCAACUCUGAUUUCUUUAUUUCUUGUGCCUCCAACUUUUUUCUUCGCAAGACCCCUCUGUCACCAUCCCCAUUUCGCGCAAGACCGCUUAGUAUUCUUCUUCUCCAAUUGUCGCGCCAGCCCCCGGUCACCGCGCGAUACUAAUCUAACUCCAUCGCCGCACUUCCGGCUUACUGAGACCACUUCCCAGAAAUGGCGUACUACCCAGGACAGCAACAGGGCGGUUAUCCGCCAUAUCAAGGCCAGUCGCCAGUUCCUCCCCAAGGCUACCAACAACCUCCCCCGAACCAGUACCCUCCCCCACCACAAGGUUACGGACAACCUCCAAUGCAGAACCAACAGUAUCCCCCACAGGGCUAUCCCCCCCAGCAAGGCUAUCCACCUCAACAACAGCCGCCAUAUAAUCCCCCUCCUCCCGGCCAAUACCCCCAGCAGGGCUAUGGCGCACCACCGCCUGCGCAACCGUACGGCGCACCGCCCGGCCAAUACGGUGCACCACCACCUGCUCAGCCGUACGGUGCACCUCCAGGCCAGUAUGGAGCUCCUCCACCUGUGCAGCCAUAUGGCGCGCCGCCCGGCCAAUAUGGAGCCCCUCCCCCACAGCCAUAUGGAGCCCCUCCCCCCCAGCAAUAUGGAGCCCCUCCUCAGGGCCAGUAUGGCGCUGCUGCAGGCCACCCAACCCCGCCAUCGGUCGGCUACAUCCCCAACCAGACCGUGCCGAUGGACGUCAGAGCCGAAGUUGAAGGUCUACACAAGGCAAUGAAGGGCUUUGGUACCAAUGAGAAGGAACUAAUCCAGAUAUUGGCCAAGAAAGAUCCCAUCCAGAUCAACGCUAUCCGCCUUGGGUUCAACCAGCGCUUCAUGAAGGAUCUCAUCAAAGAGAUCGAGCGCGAGACGUCAGGAUACUUUGAGAAAGGUCUUGUGGCGAUUAUAAGGGGGCCGUUAACUAGUGAUGCAUAUGCACUGUACGACGCAAUGAAGGGUCUUGGGACCAAAGAGUCGGUACUAAAUGACGUCCUCUGCUGUAGAAGCAACGCCGAUAUCAACGCCAUCAAAGCCGAGUAUCAUCACCGUUUCCAGAAAUCGCUCGAGUCUGAUAUUCGAGGGGACCUCUCAGCCGGAACAGAGCAGAUGUUCGUCAUGAUACUUUCCGCACGCCGCAAUGAAGAAUCCGCACCCAUUGUCCCACAAAUGAUCGACCAGGAUGUCUCUGAGCUCCAGCGCGCUAUUGGCAGCAUGAUUGGGAAGGACUCGACUCAAACGUGCCAGUUACUGACGAGCAGGAGCGAUGCACAAAUUCGUGCCAUCUCCCAGGCUUAUCAGCAAAAGUUUCGCAAGAGCCUAGAGAGCGUCAUCAAGUCCAAGUUUUCUGGACACAUGGAAGACGCACUACUCCUCAUUGUUGCACGUGCCAACAACCGUGCUGCGAGCGAUGCCGUGCAACUCGAAGAUUCAAUGGCUGGCAUCGGAACAAAGGAUGAGCUGCUAGUUCAGAGAGUCGUCCGCGCCCAUUGGAACCGACAGCACAUGCAGGCAGUGCGUGCCGAAUACCAGAAGAAGUACAAGAGAGAUUUGGUUAGCAGGAUAAAGGGCGAGACGAGAGGGGACUACGAGAGGUUGAUGGUUGCUUGUGUUGAGUAAGAGCACUUGCAUUUCCUUUGUUGUUCUAUCUGUUCUGUCUGGAUAUCACUUUGCAAUGUAUUCUAAGUCUCCUUUUAUAUGGUAGUUGGGUCGCCGAACUAGACUAGUUCAUUCGGAUCCGCAGUUGAGGCAUUUUAUGCAGGGAUGGGUACCAGAGAAGGGCUGCUAAGGAUCGCAAUCUUCGAGUCUUGCGGAAAUGGAAGACAAAAUAUAUCUUAUCUUCACUU